CGCGGCUCCGCAGACGGGGGGUUGGGUGCCUGUGCGGAUUGGUUGCUCAGCUCUGCUCGCCAGCACAGCCAGUUAGUCUAGCAGGGUUUUGUUUUAACAUAACCAGAGGGACAUUUCGACAGCCCGCAAAACAAUCAUGUAGUAAAUAUUGUAAUUGCUAGGGACUACGGUGGUGUAGGCUACACUGACUUUUGAUGCACUAAAAUGGAAGGUUUUAAUUCUAUUUUGUCCAUUGGUGACUCUGUUUUGUUAAGGCCGCCGCUGAUGAGAUAGGACAGGAGGUGAAGGGUAGAGAAUGAGAGCUGUGGGUCUUUCUUGGCCUACUACUGCUGCUACUGCUGGGAUUGUGCAGAUCCGCUUUCACAAAUCGAAAAAAACACACGCUUCAUGCCCCAAUCUGAAAGACCCGCAGUUGGUUUUAUUGUGACCGACCUCCAAAUGGAAGGAGCCAUGACAACAUGAAUCGGUCAUACAGACGGGCUGUUCGGGGCCGCUCAGGCUCAGCCACAGUGUACAGCACAGGCCAGCCAGAGCUGAGGCCCCCCAAUGGCCUCUCAGUUUCUGCCACUUCCUAUGGAAACCAGUGUAACAGCAGCGCCAAGCGUGGCUCAACAGACCAACCGUCGGCGGCCAUGCAACUGUCAACCUCCUCCCUCAAACAGGCACCUAGCUACAUGUAUAACCAGGCAGAGAGGGAGAGGCCCCACUGCUAUAGUCCUCUGCUGAGGCUCCAGGACCUCUCCACUAUGGUACACAGACCUGGGUGUGAUAUGGGACCCGGGCCCCAGCCCAAGGACCUCGACGCCAGGAACCAUUUGCACUCUCACAGCCCAGUGGGAGGCUCUAGUUUUGAGGCUCCCCAGGUCCGACUGCCCCCCUCUCCCAGUAACGAGGAGACAGAACCCUACGAGGAUUCCAUCCGGGAUCAGAAUGGUUUCUCUCCUGUUAGUUCUGAUAGUUUGGAGCGCUGCUCCCCCAUCCCCAAUGGAUACUUGCAUUUUGAGUCCACCUUGUUUGACAGUGGGGACAGGGAGGAUGAGGAGGAGGAGGAGGACGAGUUGGUUCCUUUUCAACAACACUCUUCUAAGUCCACCAGAGACAGAACUGUCACAGACUCUAACAGCACCUCUGGUUCAGGGCUAGGCCAUAACAGCACAUACAAACCCUCUGUUCUCAACCUGAUGUCCAAGAGUCUAUCUGAGCUGGACCCUACUCUGAGCCCCAGUGCCCUGCCUGACAUGUCUAUGGGGGAUGGCUGGAGUAUGGACCAGGACUCCGACAGUGACAGUGAGAUGACAGGAGAUACACUUGACCAUGGUCUCAUAUCACCUGUUGGAACCAACUCUAAUCCCAACAGCCCAAAGAAGAAGCCUCUCCCAGCAGUUCAGUACGUGGAGGGAGAUCUGGUCUGGGCCAAGUUCAACCGCCGCCCCUGGUGGCCCUGUAGCGUCACCAUAGAUCCACUGGAGGGGACACACACACACAUGAAAGUCCCCAGUCGUCGUCCUUGUCGUAUGUAUUACGUGGAGACUGUGGGGGAGAUAGCUGACCAUGCCUGGGUACCUGGGAAAGUUACCUACCCCUUCACAGGAGGAGAGCAGUUUACAGACCUGCCUGUGCUGAGACGGAGAGGGAAACAGAGGGAAAAAGACUACAAAUACACAAUACCCAAGCGUCUGUUGGAGUCGUGGAAAGUCAGUGUGCUUGAAGCUGAGUUUCUCCUACCUGACUUGCUGAAGAAUACUGCUGUCUCUUCUUCCAUGGCCUCUAACGGUGAAGAGCGGGUGUCCUCCCCGCUGCCUGAUAAAAAACCAUCCGAGGCCCCCUCUUGUUCCUCCUCUAACCUCACUGCACCCUCCUCCUUCAGCCCUCACCCCAGUAGAAACAAACAUCCGACCGUAGUGAACGAAAGUAGCAGCAAAAAGAAGAGGAAGAGGAAGGGUUUGGCGGAGAUCUUUGGUCAUAUAGCUGGAAGUCCCACAGAGUCACUUAGCAUCCUAGACCUGGCCAACCAAAUGCCUGCUGCCUCAGCUGAUCCACUGAAAGAAGGAGAUCCCAAGGACUCUCCAUACGCAGACCUGGAUUCUGUACCGACCAUUGUACGUCCCAAACGGUCUGAGAAACUUGCUAAAGAAGACACAGAGAAACCGUCUGAACCCUCAAAAGAGGAGGCAGAGAAAGUGGGCAAGAAGGAGCGGGCGACUCCUCCUGAAAAGGAGCGGGCGACUCCUCCUGAAAAGGACAGGCAUGUGGUCGUGGUGGUCCCUAGGCAUGUAGUUCCCAUCUCCCCAUCCCCAAGCAUUUUAGCAAACAAAUCCCUUUUCAAUUACAGAACUACGAAAAACACAAAUGUUUUACAGUCAAAACAGAAGUUGGGCAGCUCUUCUGAACUGAAGAAUAAAAAUGCUCUUGAUAAGCUCAGCUCUCUGCAUCUCCCUGCCAGCAGACGUCUGAUGACCAGGGCCCUGAAAGCAGAGGAAGAGACAGAACUCAAAGAGGCCCUGCUGGCCUCAAGCCAAAACUUGACAAACGAUAGGCUUAAUGUGCAUUCUUCUUCUGAUGAUGAUGAUGAUGAUGAUGAUGAUGUGAGCGAUAAUGUUCCAAUCAAAACAGAGUCGUCUACUAGCAGGGAUUCUUCACCAGACAAAACCAUAUCCUCUGUAAGUCACAGCUCUCCGAAAAAACACCCCAAUUCUGAUUGGAAGCACCUCCACAACGGCUCAUGGAAACAUUCUGAAGAUGUGACUCCAGGGUCCAGUAAGCCUGCCAUACCCCCUAUUAAGGUCAAGGAAGAGAACAUUGUCUCAGACAUAUCCUCCUGUACUUCCCCCACCUCCUCUCUCUCUCCCAUGGACGCUUUCCAGGUUGUCAAGGAGCUGUCGUUCAAAUCCUCAGUGAAGGAGGAGAGUGACUCUGGGGACUCUAACGCUAACUUUAAACCUGAGCCUAAUUACAAGUUCAGUAGUUUCCUGAUGCUCCUGAAGGACAUGCAUGAUACCAGGGAGAAAGAGGGCCAGGCCCUGACCAUGCCUCCCUCGCCAGCCCUCAUCCAGGAGGAGCCCAUGGUUAUACCCACCGCCAGAGCACCAGACGACCCCCUGAACACUGCUGCUGGCGGGGACUGGACACCAGCGGGGACCAAAAUCCAAAACGGCCAACGCCCGAGCUCGCCAACACCCAAGAGCACACCGGCCAAACCCAAGUCCAGAACUAAACCCAUCAUGAAAAACGACACGUACAAACUGGAAGGGAAAACGGUCCUGGCUCAGAUGGUGGCGAACGCGGUGGAGAAGCAGCAGCAGCGGAGGAAGCAGAGGCCUCCAGCCAAGCUCCGGGCCACCAUCGCUGGUCUCUCUCCCGAGAUGGCCGACCUAGCCUGGGGGAGGGAGUUUGUCUCUGGGCACGCUGACCUGGCUGAGCCUCGUCCUCUUCCUCCUGUCCCCUCCGCUGCUGACUCCUCAUCCUACCUCGACAAGAGCCCGGGUACCAAAGUGGCCCCUAAGAAGCGCUGGCAGACGUUUGCGCAGCAGGGCCCAGUGAAGCCAGGGAAGGAUGCAGGGGCCCUGGGUGGGGUGGCCUCACCGCAGGGGCCUGCAGAGGUGAAUGGGGUCUACAGAGACUGCCAGGGAGGGACACCAGACCCCAUCAGGUCCCCUGAUCUGAACCUGGGGAUGGAGAAGCAAGAUGACACAUCAGCAAAUUCUGAAAACAAACGGCUGAGGAAACCGAGCAAAAGACUCCUGGAAUCCACAGAGGAGGAACAAUUCUUCUCCCCGAAGAAAAAACUAAAGAAACCUCUGGAAUCUUCCAAAACCCCUCUGAGCCCUUCUACAUCCCCAGCACUGCUAAAGUACACCUCUACCCCCAGCCCCACCCCUGGCCCUACCUCUGGGGAGCCAGCCAGCCCCACUCUUGGCCCUACCUCUUGGGAGCCAGCCAGUCCCACCCCUGGCCCUACCUCUGGGGAGUCAGCCAACCCCACACCUGGCCCUACCUUUGGGGAGUCAGCCAGCCCAACCACUGGCCCAACCACUGGCCCUACCUCUGGAGAGCCAGCCAUCACCAAGGCCCCAGCAGGGCUGAAACAGAGUCUGUCUCAAGAUGUCCUCCACCGUGUUAUAGAAUCAUUAUCCAAACAACCCCCAGCAGUGACCUCUUUCUCUACUGAAUCAUCAUCAGAUGGGACAAACCCUCCUCUGCUCUCUGCCCCAGUAUCCCUGGAGAGGAAGAGGCCAAGGAAGCUGUCUCACAAGGUCCUGGAAUGCACCAUAGAAGAAAUGUCACUCAGUCCUCCAAAGAAGAAGGAGUUGAAGAAGCAGAGUGCACAGACAGAGGAGAGGACUGACGUCAGGGACACUCAGGUUAAGUCUGUGAAGAAAGAAGUGCCUGUAUCCAGCUUGACAACUCCAGAGAGCAUGGUUUCACUGCAGGCCUCCUCCCCUGCCCGGACCCCUAGCCCUACAGUGCUCCUCACCCCCAAGGCAGAGACCGAGAACAUCAGUCCUGGGGUGGGAGGAGAGAGCCACACCAACGGAGAGCGAACACCCAAACCUGAGGUGUUCUCUCCUGGUCUGAAUGACAGUUUCUCCCUACCUGGUGACGGGUCCCUGCUCUCCGGCACUAAGAAGAACACAGGAGAGAAAGGAGGAGCUGCAUCCAUGAAGGAGAAUGUCUGUCAGGUGUGUGAGAGGACAGGCGAGCUGCUGCUGUGUGAGGGCCAGUGCUGUGGGGCGUUCCAUCUGCAGUGUAUCGGCCUAUCAGAAGCCCCCAGAGGGAAGUUCAUCUGUUGUGAAUGCACUAAAGGGGUCCACACGUGCUUUGUGUGUAAGAAGUCUGGUGACGGUGUGAAGAGGUGCAUGGUGCCUGUCUGUGGGAAGUUCUACCACAACGAGUGUAUCCUGAAACACACACCCACCCAGCACCAGAAUAAAGGGGUUCGCUGCUCCCUCCACGUCUGUCUGUCCUGCCACAUCACCAACCCCCUCAACCCCUGCAAUUCCAAAAGUCGUCUGACCCGCUGCGUGCGCUGCCCUGUGGCGUACCACGCUAACGACUACUGCAUGGCGGCGGGCAGCGUAGUCCUGGCCAACAACAGCUUCCUGUGUCCCAACCACUUCACCCCCCGCAAGAACUACAAGAACCACGAACACAUCAACGUCAGCUGGUGCUUCGUCUGCUCAGAAGGGGGCAGUCUGCUGUGCUGCGAGUCCUGUCCUGCUGCCUUCCACCGAGAGUGUCUGAACAUCGAGAUGCCCGAGGGGAGCUGGUUCUGCAACGACUGCAAGGCCGGGAAGAAACCACACUUCAAGGACAUCCUCUGGGUUAAAGUGGGAAGAUACAAGUGGUGGCCUGCGGAGGUGUGUCUUCCUAAGAACGUCCCAGAGAAGAUCCUCCGUAUGAAACACGAGGUGGGGGAGUUCCCCGUUCAGUUCUUUGGUUCUAAGGACUUCGCCUGGACCUACCAGGCCCGAGUCUUCCUUUACACGGAGGGAGAUGCCAACAACAAGGACAAGAUGGGGAAGGGUUGUGACGCCAUCUAUAAGAAAGCUCUGAAUGAAACAGCUGAGCGGUUCAUAGCGCUUCAGGCUGAGAAGGAGAUGAGACAGCUUCAGGAGGACAGGAGGAACGACAAGAAACCUCCUUCCUACGGACACAUCAAGGUGAACCGUCCAAUCGGCAAGGUCCAGAUCAUCACGGCGGACCUAUCGGAGGUACCGCGCUGUAACUGCAAGGCGUCUGAUGAGAACCCGUGUGGCAUCGACUCGGAGUGUAUCAACCGCAUGCUGAUGUACGAGUGCCAUCCCCAGGUGUGUCUGGCAGGGGAGAGGUGCCAGAACCAGAGUUACACCAAGAGACAGUACACCCAGGUGGAGAUCUUCAGGACCUUGUCACGAGGCUGGGGGUUACGGGGCGUCUCCGACAUCAAGAAGGGUGCGUUUGUGAAUGAGUACGUGGGGGAGGUGAUAGACGAGGAGGAGUGCAGAGCCAGGAUCAGACAUGCUCAAGAGAACGACAUCUGUAACUUCUACAUGCUCACUCUGGACAAGGACCGGAUCAUAGACGCUGGACCCAAGGGGAACCAGGCGAGGUUCAUGAAUCACUGCUGCCAGCCCAACUGUGAGACCCAGAAGUGGACAGUAAACGGAGACACCAGGGUGGGGCUCUUCGCCCUGGAGGACAUCCCCAAAGGUGUGGAGCUGACCUUCAACUACAACCUGGAGUGUCUCGGUAACGGGAAGACGGUGUGUAAAUGUGGAGCGCCCAACUGCUCUGGGUUCCUGGGCGUCCGACCAAAGAACCAGCCAUCUAAAGCACGGGAAGGAAAGGAACUAAAGGAGGGCAAGAAGAAGGUUCUGGUGAAGAGGAAGCCUCAACUGGAGGUGACGAAGGAGCGGGAGGACGAGUGUUUCAGCUGUGGGGACGGAGGACAGAUCGUGUCCUGUAAGAAGCCAGGCUGUCCCAAGGUCUACCACGCAGACUGUCUCAACCUGGCCAAGAGACCUGCAGGCCGUUGGGAGUGCCCCUGGCACCAGUGUGACAUCUGCGGUCACGAGGCAGCCUCCUUCUGUGAGAUGUGUCCCAGCUCCUUCUGCAAGCAGCACCGUGAGGGCUUGCUCUUCAUCUCUAAAAUAGACGGGCGGCUCGCCUGCAACGAUCACGACCCCUGUGGACCCGAGCCCCUGGAACCAGGGGAGAUCAGGGAGUACGUACCUCCUGGGGGCAUGCCUCUCCCCCACCUCCUCACACACCCUCUGGGUCUGGUCCCACCUAGGCCUAGUUCCACCACUGCUGGUUCUAUCCCCUCCACGGUUGCCCCAGGCCUGGCCCAGGACUCGCUACUGCCCCCUACAGGGAGCCUGUUCCUCAACACCUCCCAGACCUCCAACACCUCCUCCUACGGACCCCCUAGCAGUCCCUACAUGUCUGAUGGUGAAAUAAUGCACUUCUCCCCUCCUUCUCCCCCCUCCUCCUACAAGAACGAGGAGGAGGAUGGAGAGCUGGAAAACGGACAGGUGGGUGGGUUAGAAGAGGACGCGGAGGAGGAGGAAGAAGAGGAAGAAGAAGAAGGAGAGGAAGAAGGAGGAGAGGACGAGGAGGAAGGAGAGGCGAUGGAGGUAGAGGAGGAGGAGGAGGAAGAUGAUCAGUAUGAGGGCGGACUAGGGGAGGAGGAAGGGGGAGAUGUGUAUGACACCUGGGGGGACUACAUGGAGGAGGAGCCAGACGAUGAGGCGGAGGUAGAGGAAGAGGAGGCGGAGUGGGGGAGGGUGGAGGACGAAGAGAAAUGAACUCUGUUUAGACCCCCCCCCCUUGUGUCUUCCAUUCCUUCUUCCAUCUAUCCAUCUCUACCAAAAUACUUUUUUGUCUAGCUCUCAUCUCUAGAGUGACAUUCAGAUGGACAGACAAUGGAAAAGAGAGAGAGCGAGAGAUUGUCCUGGUGGUACCAAGCGAAAUACGAAGCUGCCUUUGUGUUCAUACUGCAUUGCCUUCCUAUCCCCAGCACAGCACAGCACAGAGUGGACUAACAUUGUGUAAGGGAUAGGAACUGGUGCUAAGGGGCUGGGAGGACUGCUCUGGUCAGCCUCUGGUCCUUCUGUUGAUACAUUAUUAGUGUCUGCUCUGGUCAGCCUCUGGUCCUUCUGUUGAUACAUUAUUAGUGUCUGGUCAGCCUCUGGUCCUUCUGUUGAUACAUUAUUAGUGUCUGGUCAGCCUCUGGUCCUUCUGUUGAUACAUUAUUAGUGUCUGGUCAGCCUCUGGUCCUUCUGUUGAUAUGUUAUUAGUGUCUGGUCAGCCUCUGGUCCUUCUGUUGAUAUGUUAUUAGUGUCUGGUCAGCCUCUGGUCCUUCUGUUGAUAUGUUAUUAGUGUCUGGUCAGCCUCUGGUCCUUCUGUUGAUAUGUUAUUAGUGUCUGGUCAGCCUCUGGUCCUUCUGUUGAUAUGUUAUUAGUGUCUGGUCAGCCUCUGGUCCUUCUGUUGAUAUGUUAUUAGUGUCUGGUCAGCCUCUGGUCCUUCUGUUGAUAUGUUAUUAGUGUCUGGUGCUGUUUUCUUCCUCUCAAACGUUGUUUACAUUUUUGUUGAUGCUUUUUUUAUGAUUGAAAAAAAAAAAAAAAGGAUUGUCAGCCUCACUCAGUCACACCCCGACUAUACCGGCCAUGUUGCGUGUGCGAGCAUUGCAAAAUAAAUGGACAAAUACAUGUUAUUCAAUCAUUUCAUUCACACUGCGCGCGUCAACUAACGUCUUCGAUGACAAACGCUAAAAUAGAACUUGGUUCUAUUUGAGACACUCGAUGCGCUGUAAAUCCCACGUCUCCCAUCUCCUUAAUGGUUUUCAUUUACAUCCCCACGUUUGCUUGAAAGGAGAAACCUGGAGAUAUGAAUCAAAGAUGACUAACUAGGUUUCCCUUUUUAUCUGUGGAUAAUUCGUCGGAAUGGAGAUACGCACAAUUUUUGUAUGAUCUGUUGUCAAGGUUCUCCAAAGGACCACCUAAGAAUGGGACCACAUGCAUGAUCAGGUAAAAUAAUAACUCAAUGUUCAUCUCCCAGGAAAAACCGCUAACAACAGCUGUCUAUCUUAUUGGCCAUGAAUGUUUCAUGUUUUGCCUUGUCCCAAAGUUAAUAUAGUUGGAUCACAGUUGGUUUUGUAAUUUUAACCUGCAUGUCAUGAUCGCGUCUGGUUCGAGUAGACAAAAUCAACACGCGCGGGGCUGGUGUAGCAUGGUGUUCGAGUUAGGAGCUCGACCAGUUAUCAAGAAUAAUCAACGAUAUGCUCUCAAUGAUCACUGAUUAUAAAACGGCAUAACCAACUACUUGUUUGGACUUAUAACGUUGUUACAAAUCAACCCAAUCUUGAAAUCUAAAGUGCAUAUUUUGUAAACGGUAAAGAAAACAAUUGUCUAGAGAAAAAUAUUAUGGUGAUAAAACUCAAUCCCUGAUUAAGAUCCCAGAUUGUUUGCUCAUUAUGUUAAAAUGGUUAUGGCUGGACAAGCAGAAACAUUCCAAGAGUUCAGAACAUCACACCUGUUAGUUAUGCCCACAUCCAUGUUUUGACCUCACUUUAUGUCUUGCGUUACCGUUCCAUCCACAGAAUUAGAAUGAAAUUAAACAAAUUCUAGUUAGAUGAUUCCAUCACCAUGCUCCAUCAUCAUAGGUCAUUCGACGGUCACAUCUGGCAGGAAAAUGUAUUGUCUGUUUGGGAGAUGGUGCGAAAAUUUAUAUUGUGAGUGAACGUGGUGUAUGUUUGAGGCACGCACGCACCUGUCUGCUGUUAUAGAAUCAAGCGAUACUAGUCAUGUAUUGACUCAUGGCCUAAAGAACAGUGUUUUAGGGUUUUAUACCUCUGAAUUGAGUGUUGUGGUGCUGUAAACCUUUUAACACAAACCCCAUAGUAUAGACUCUACGUCGUCUGGCUGGAAGGCUGGUUGCUUGCAUCACUAAAAGACAUGGUUUAUCAUCACUGUUGAUUAACUGAAGAGCCAAGCAGAAUGUCUCAUGUUUUCUGUCAUAACUAAUGUUGAUUCAUCGGGCAGCUUUUCCAACAGGGUGGUUUAUCGUCACUCUGAAGCUGUGAAGUGUUCCGAAACGUCUGUACAUUCUAGAAAGGUUGUACCGAGACUUUCAGUUCAUACAUUUUGUGUAAUGUUCUGCUGUAUAUGUUCUGCAUUCAAACAAUUCCAACGCACAAAACACACGGGUCCAUUUUGUUUGGUUUCUGGUUAUGGUUAAAUUCCAUGAAAUAACAAUCCUUCCCAUGAGUCUCAUCCAAUGUUUUUUUUAAAAAUGAAAUGAGAACAUCUUUCAUGAAUUUUAGAAUUGGUUAAAUUGAUGUUUAGAAUUAGAAUGUAAACUAUGAGAAACACUGUACAAUUGGCCUUGCAAUCCCUAAUAUUCAGCCUUUUAAAACAAUCAAUUGGGUCCAACACAUAUCAACUAAAUGAGAAAAUAAUGUACUGAAUUCCCAAACAGAAGCACUACCAUUUUUACAUGGCCUGCCCAUCAAUGUGUCAACAACAACAUCUUUCUGCCUCACUCUUGACUUAACAUCUGGGCAGAGAAAUAGAUAUGUUUUUUGUUGCCUAGUUUUGUAUUUAUCAAACCUAUAUUAACUUUUUUUCCUUAUGUUUUUUAUUUUAAAUUGUAUUUCUUCUAUUGUGUGUUUUGUGAUGUUUAUGCCAACAGGUCUACUUCGAAGAGUUCUCUGGCCCCUCCUGUUUUAUUUUUUUUUUUGAGAAAAAACACAGAAAUAGAUUUUCUGAAGAAACGGGGGAUAUGUUUAUUGCUGCCAUGUUAAGACUCAUGAUCUGAACUGUACUGUACUCCUUUGUGUAUAAUACAUAUUAUAAGUAAAGUUUUACAAUAGAAAA